CGUUCCUUCUCGAGCAGCAGGACGCCCGGAACGUCUCUGCUCUCGGGUUGAAUUAAGGCUCCUGUGGUUUUCCGAAGACAUCUGUGCAAAUCUCACAGAGCUCUGGUCACGAGCAUAUGUACACCCGGAACGUCUCGAGAACGCCAUCGGAAGGAAACGUGGGGCACAUCUGCUAAAAUACCGCUGCCUACUGAUGGACGUCGUCCACGAGGUUCCAGCCGACCUAAAACGGCUUGUCAAACUUGUCACCAGAGGCUUCUACACGCCAGAAUUAGGCAUUGUCGCAGAUGCAAUCAUGAAGCAUCAAUGCGUUUGCGAAGAAGCACUGGCGGAUCUCCUGAAGUUUGAGCGCAAACAGCUCCGUCAGAUUCUCGCGCAGAUGCAACAGGACCGAAUAGCUAAAGCAAGGCUGCGCAUGGAAACAGGGCCCGAUGGAAAAUCUCAGAAAAACUUUUACUAUUAUAUACCUUAUCAGUCGUUCGUGAAUUUUCUCAAAUAUAAACUCGAUCUGGUGCGGCAAAAAAUCGAAACCGAAGAUCGAGAAUCGACCUCACGAACGUCCUUCAAGUGCCAAGGAUGUGCUAAAUGCUAUACCGAUCUCGAAGCCGAUCGUCUGAUUGACUUCGCUACUGGAGAACUGCGGUGUCAUCACUGCAGAGCGACUGUCGAAGAAGCCGAGAGUGAAAAGUCCUCAGAAACCCCGCAACAGCUCUUGGUCCGAUUCAACGAGCAAAUGGAACCUCUCUUCGCACUGCUUAGGCAAGUCGAAAAUGUCAGACUUGCUCCGGACCUUCUGGAGCCCGAACCGAAGGAGCUGGAAAUACGCAUCCCCGGUCAGCCGAAGACGAAAAAUUCGGGACAGCAAGGUGCCAGUCCUGGAGAAUGGAGCGGAGAUUCGACUAGAUACGCAGCUGCGACCGUUACGGUCGGAGAAGCGGCACCGGCAGCGAUGCGAGAGACGAAAGAAAUUCCGAUGUGGCUCCAAAAGUCUACUGUACUCGUCGACGAGCCCAGCGCCGACUUCUUACAAAACAGAUCUUCAAACCCCUUCCCGACAAAUCAAACCAAAGCUAUAUCCGUUCAGAAUAUCAUGGAAGCUCUCUUAUCUCACGAGAGACGGCCAAGUGCCGAUGGUGGAAAAGAAUCUGAGGAAGAGGAAGAAGACGAAUGGGAGGAGGUCCCGGAAGAAAUCCCUAUGGUCAUGGUUGGUGGAGAACCGGUCGCUAUCCAUGAUAUCACUCAAGAGCUCGUCGAUAAGAUGUCGAAAGAUGAGAAACGUCAAUACAUAGCCAUCGCACAACAAUUAUACUCGGCAACGUACGAAUGAUUUGUAUGGGAUAUAUAAAUAAUGUAUGUAUUAUAAUUUGUAAUA